UUCGUAAAUAGACGAUUGAACAAAUCAAGUCAAAAAUUUGCAGAAGACGAGUAACCAGAAUGAAACAAUUGUUCUUCCAGCAGAAACUGCUACCGAGUGAAAGUUGUGUCCAGAGUGGGACAGAAUGGCAUACUUCGUCACGGGCCAAUCAGAGCGUCCAUGACAGUUUACCAACAUAGAGGGCCUUUCAUAUAAGAUACGGAUAAAAGGAAGGGAGUAGGGGAAUAUAUAAUUGUUACAUAACUUUGGUUCAAGUUAGUCUCCUGCGAACGUUGCAUUCGAGUGUACAAAACUUUAAAUCGAAGUUCAGUAAAGUGUUACACUACUAAACUCACAAUGCCGAAUUAUAAGUUAGUGUAUUUCAACGUGAUGGGUCUGGGAGAGCCCAUAAGGUUUCUCCUGAGUUACGGUGGUGUUAAGUUCCAGGACGUUCGAGUACCGAUCGCUUCAGACGAAUGGAGCACCCUCAAACCCAGUACACCAUUCGGUCAGCUACCCACGCUGGAAAUCGAUGGCAAAGUUUACUCGCAAACGUUGCCUAUUUGCCGUUACCUCGCCAAACAAUUUAAUCUGCUCGGCAAAACCGAUUUGGAUACGCUGCAAAUCGAUGCUGUCGCGAACGCUCUUCACGAUUUCAGGCGGCUGACUGUGUCGCAGUAUUAUAGGGAAGCUGAUCCGGUUUUAAAGGCUAAGAGAAAAGUGGAGGUGAUGUCGAGAGUUAUACCGUUUUAUUUGGAUAAACUUGACGGACUGGUGAAAGACAAUGGAGGAUACUUUCAUGGUGGACAGUUGAGUUAUGCGGACCUCUUUUUUGCUGCCAUUUCGGAUUCGUUGAGUAUAGCUUACGAGGCUGAUAUUACGAAAGAUCAUCCGCGUUUGAAAACCCUCAGACAGAAGGUUUUAGAACUGCCUGGUAUCAAAGAGUGGAUGGAAACGAGACCGAAAACGGAAAUUUAAAUUCUUUCAUUCAUCGAACAUUUAAUUUUAAUUCUGUACAGUAUUCGUUUGUUCAAGGUGGAUUGAGUAAUCUAUUUGCUCUUUUGUAAUUUGAACUUUUAUUUCCAAUUUGCAUAAAAUUGGAACACUAUACAACUCUAGAACAAUUCAUUUAAUAAACUGAAUGUACUUUGUAA